AGAAGAGCUCCUCGAGAAACAAUGUCCCCAUUGACGAGUACUGAGAUCAGAGACAUGUACACUCCUCUCCCCAUCCCCAGACGAUCAGCAUUCAAGUCCUUGCUUGACAAGAAGUUCGAGGACCUUAAGCAUGGAAUCGACGAAGACUCCUACCUGGCCUUUAGUGGCGUGACCAGAAGUCGAUUUCAAGACCUGGAGACCCACCGAGACAGCCUUGGGGCACAACACGUGCGACUCACCUAUUUCCCCGAUAUUGAGACGCUCAUUCUCAAAGUCCCCUCCGAGCCCCACGAGAAAGCCCACAUGGCCGUGGGCAACGCGAUUCGAGAUCAGCUGCGAAUCAACAUGGGGGUUGCGUUCCAAGAGGUAAUGAUGAUUCAAUCGACCAAGUAUUAUGGCAGAGGGGAAACAAUCAAGGAGAGCGAUACAUCUUGCAAGAAUGUCCGACUUCGGUCUCGGGUUGGAGAUUGGCCUAACUGGGUGAUUGAGGGGGGGAUGGCUGCAUCUAUACAACGGCUCCGUGGGGACGCGAGUUGGUGGAUCAACCAUUCCCGAGGAGAGGUACAGCUGGUUAUCCUGGUCUGGAUUCGCCCCAGUCGUAAGACCAUCAUGAUUGAGACUUGGGUCCCAGAGCGAAGCAUCCUCCCGCCGGGACCACGGACCCGUGCGCGUGCCGCUAUCCCACCAGUUUGG